CGAACGAAUUCACUGAUCGCACGCGGUUCACCUAGAACGGUUCGGGAGUUGCGCCGAGAACGCGCAAAGUGCACUUAACAGAAAAUUAAGACAUUUUUAAUGUGAGUUGUGUUAAUUGUUGAUCUAACAAAAAACUAGUCAUUCGUGUGUUGGGAGCGGGUUUUGUGGUUUGGUUUUAUAGUGAUUGCCAAUUAAGGUUGAAGUAAUGUGAUUGGAAGAAACUUCCCUGUUUGAACAAAUGUGAUAUUGAAAGGGGGAAUAACAUGGUCAGGACGUGUAACUUUUAAGCAGUGACAUCAAAGUGAGUGAAAAGUUGAUUCACGAUCUGUGAAACGGUCGUGAAUGGGAAUUACAGCAUUUGAAGAGUUACAAGAGUGUUGCAAAGUCUCGAACUCGAGCAGCCAUGGCCGGAGUAGUCAACAGGUCAUUCGUCGGAGAUGACUCCACGGGAGUCACCAACAACAACAACAACAACAACAAUGUCACAGAAAACGGUUCCGGACCUCCGGGCUCGGUCACGGUUGGCAACGUCGAGGAGCAGCCCCAGGAGGAGCGUGAAAAGUGGAGCAACGGAGCCGAGUUCCUGCUGUCCUGUAUAGCAAUGUCGGUGGGACUCGGCAACGUGUGGAAGUUCCCCUCGACGGCGUUCCGAAACGGGGGUGGCGCCUUCGUGAUCCCGUACCUGAUCGUCCUGCUGAUCGUGGGCCGACCGAUCUACUACCUGGAGAUGGUCAUGGGGCAGUUUUCGAGCCGGGGCAGCGUCAAGGUGUACGACGUGAGCCCGCUGAUGAGAGGUAUUGGCCUCGGCCAGAUGAUCGCCAUGUCGAUCGUUAUCUCGUACUACGCGGCCACCAUCGCGGUCGCCAUUCGCUACUUUGUGGCGUCGUUCAGCACGGAACUUCCGUGGGCCACGUGCGACCCGGCCUGGACCGACGUCAACUGUAUCAACUCGUCGAGUUCGAUGGGCAAGUCGAGCUUUGUGAACUCAACGCUUCCGGUGCAGACAUCGGCGGAGCUGUUCUACACGAGGUCGGUGACUGGUGAGGAUUAUCUGGUUGGGGACGAGAUUGGUCUGCCCGAUUGGAGGUUGGCGCUCUGUUUGCUGUUCAUCUGGGUGUGCAUAACGUUCAUGCUGAUCAAGGGAAUUCAGGGAUCGGGGAAGAUCUCCUAUUUUCUGGCUCUGUUCCCGUACGCAGUGAUGCUGUUUUUCGCUGUAUAUUGUUUCAACCUGGAAGGAGCAGGGAACGGACUGCUCUACUUCAUCACCCCCGAUUGGGAUAAACUCCUAACCGUGAACGUCUGGAAGGAGGCCGUCUCGCAGUGUUUCUUCUCCCUGUCGAUCUGUUUCGGAGGAGUGAUCGCGUACUCGUCGUUCAACAACUUCUCCAACAACAUCUACCGCGAUGCGAUGAUCAUCUCGUGGACCGACACCUUUACCUCGCUGCUUUCGGGUGGAAUCGUGUUCGCGAUCAUUGGCCAUCUGGGCGUGGUGACCGGCGAGACCGAUUAUACCAAGGUGGUCCAUCCGGGCGCCGGGUUGACCUUCAUCACGUACCCCGAAGCGUUGGCCAAGUUUGAGCACGUGCCGAAUCUGUUUGCGGUGCUGUUCUUCUUCAUGUUGUUUGUGCUGGGCAUCGGAAGCAACACCGGAAUCAUAACCAGUGUGGUGACCGCGAUUCGGGAUCAGUUUCCGGGGCUGAAGAACUGGAAGAUUGUGCUGGUGAUCAGCGCGCUGGGAUUCUCGACCGGGUUUCUGUUUAUUACGCCGGCCAGCUCCCGGGUGAUUGAGUACGUCGACUACUACGGGGUGACCUUCGUGACGCUGACGCUGGCCGUCGCCGAGCUGGCGUGCUUCUGCUGGAUCUACGGGGUGCAGCGGAUCUGCCGCGACAUCGACUUCAUGCUGGGCCUCAAGACGAGCAUCCUGUGGCGCGUGUGCUGGAAGUACGUCACCCCCAUCGUGAUUGCGAUCAUCCUGCUGCUGACGUUCGCCACCGGCAACCCCCCGGAGCGGAUCGCGACAGGGUUCCACGUUCUCGGUUGGUUCAUCUACGCGGCCGCCAUCCUCCCCCUGCCGAUCCUGGCCAUCCGCGCUGUUCUCGCCCAACCCAGCGACCUAUCGCUGUGGAACCGAAUCAAGCGGGCCGCCCGACCGCUGUCCAGCUGGGGCCCGGAAAACCUCGCGUUGAAGAAGAAAUACGACGACUUUGUUGACGACGCUCAACGCGACGACGGUGCCAAAUCCAGCAGCAUUUUCCAGCGAUUCCUCUUCCGACGGGAAAAGUCCUAUUCGGUGAAUCUUUAGGAAGAGGGGCUCGCAAGUUGAUUUGCUCAAUCAGACAAAAUCAGACACAGUGAUCGAAAUCGAGUGAAGUCAGUAUUAGUAGUUAGGGCUACCGCCGUAGAGCACAAUGCACACUAAUCGUUCCGAUGACCGCCACAGGAGAAGGUUCAUCGUCUAUUGUAAGGUGAAAUCUUUUGAUCAGCGUAAUGUUGCUGCUGCCGCCCUAAACCAUGACUAGACACAAAAUCACCCUUAUCAAUCUCAUCAGAAGCGCGCGCUCGACAAGAUCAACAGGGCGGGAACGGAGAGGUUUUCCACGGCACGAGGCAUGUACGGCCGGUAGUAGCAAUUCAGCGCAAGGCAAAUUAGUAUGCAAGCGAUUUUAAUUUGAGAAAUGUUUUGUGUAUAGAUUAGUGUAGCAGACUACGAGCAGAGAUAGAGUAAUUUUAUUUUGUAUUUUUAAGCAUUUUUUUUUUUACUUUUUCAAUUACACUUGACGUCAUUCAGUGCAGUA